UCCCGGGGCCCAACAACACGGUGUGGGUAAAGCCAGCAGAGGAGGAGGUUUGCAGUCGAGAGUCGACACUUGAAACCGAUUGCAGCUCGUUGCCGGGGCUCUCCACAGUCUCCAACGGCUGCGCGUGUGUUGUUUUGUUGGGGUGUGUGUGUGUGUGGGUAAAAAAGAAGAAAAAAAAAAGCAGACGUCCAUCCACGAACGACGAACGAACGACGACCAUUUCUGUUUGUUUUUGGCGCGCGCGCGCGCUCUACCCCUUUAUUUUGCCUCUGCCGGAACCAUGGAAAUGUCUCAUCAUCAAUUUUGCCUGAAAUGGAACAACCACUCUAGUAACCUGCUCAAAGUCUUUGGUCGACUCUUCUCCAACGAGAGUUUCACCGAUGUCACUCUGGCGGCAGAGGGCAGAAGCAUCCGCGCACACAAGAUGGUGCUGUCGGCUUGCAGCACCUACUUCGAACAGCUCUUCUUGGAGCACGCCGAGCCGCCAGUCACGGGGCCGAUGAUUGUCAUUAUGCGGGAGACCAGCUUCGAUGAUUUGGCCAUCAUCGUCGAAUUCAUGUACAAGGGCGAAAUCAACGUCUCCCAAGAUCAAUUGGGAUCGUUAUUGAGGACGGCGGAGAGUCUGCGGGUCAAAGGUUUGGCCCAGGCGUCGUCGGGUGGGAGCGGCGACUCGUCGUCGUCGGGCGUCGAGCACCCCGCAGCGCCACCGCCGCCGUCACAACAACAGCCGGUGUCGCUGAUGGCGGCGGCGGCGUCCAACUCGUCGUCGAUCGCGACGCCGUGUCAGACUAAAACGACGCCCACCCCUGCGACGACGCCGCCGCAUAACAGCCAAUCUCACCAGCAGCAGCCCGGCACAUUCUCACCUCCUCCGUACCAUCACUCGAUGGGUCAAGCGCCGCCGCCGCCGGCCCUUUUGCCCCUUUUCCAGAACGCCGCCCUUUUGUCAGCUGCCAUCACAACGGGCAUCGAAUCCUCUUCGUCGUCCACCGGGCGUGAAUCGCCGACGAGCAAACGCCGGCGACUUCGACCGAAAAUCGAGCCGGGCACCAUGGCCAUCCAUCAAGACUAUUCCAAUCAUUCAGACAACAGUCGCCCUUCUUCGGCCACUUUCACGCCCCGCAUUGAAAAUGUCGUUACCAUGGGCCCGCCGCCGCGUAACGAGGCUUCUUCGGUCGACACGAUGACACGAUGUGAAACGACAGAGAACACGCCGACCUCAGCGCUCGACCUCCGCCUGACGGAUCCUUCCCACCUUCAGGAGCUGACAGCUCGGCUGGAAUUGCGAGGCAAUUUCGCCAUCCAGCCGCCCGGCGGAGACAGUGAAACUCUCCGCAAAGUCCAGCAAGAAAAAAGUGAACCUCACUGUUUCUUUCGGGGCUUCGCCGUAUACAAAUUCAACGACUAUAUUGCACACGGAACUCGGCAGCAGUACUGGGAAGAACCGUUCACCAAAGCCGUCAUGGAGGGCAUUCAAGAUCGUGAAUUGGACUUGAAAAAAGGUGCUGAAUUAUUGGGCGUGUCGUACAGCACGCUUUAUGGGCGGUACCGUGAGUGCCACGGUUACUUGCGUCACGCUUGGACGCGGGACUACCGCCGUUCAUCGGGUUCGGGAGCCGGCGGCAACGGUGGCGAGUGGUGGGAAUCCGAUCCCCAAGAAGCCCAUCGGCGCGGUGAAAACGGCGGGAUGACGGCCGAAGAGUUGGUCGUCGAAGUCGACAGUUACAUGGACGAGGACGUGAUUGUCGAACGAGUGUCGGGCGAGAAAUCUUCGACCGACAUCGAGGCCGCCAACAAACAAGAGUCUCUCAUACUCAGCAUCAGACACGGCAAAGUCCAGCGGAAACUGCAAGGAGCCCAUCACAAAGAAUCGUCGUAAAAAUAAAUAAAAAAAUCCAGCAGACACACAGAAGUAAAAACAAGAGAUUUUUAUUGUAUACCCAUUUUAUUCAGAACGUCCGUUUGAAAAAACAAAGUCAUUUUUUUUUAUUAAUUUUUCCAAAAUGUUGUACACACUUUGUUAGUUGUUUUAUUUCUACGAAAAAAAAGAAACGACUCCAAAAAAUAGAAAAAUAUUUCACCCAGAAAAACAAAAAAACAAAAUAAAACAAAAAAUAACGGAGUUGAGUUGAUUGUCUACAUACAAUUCAGUCGAUCUCAUGGCCAAUCAUGUUGGACAUCUCUAUAUGCUUCUUUCAACUUUUUGGUUUGCUCGCUCGCUCGCUAUAUAACAUAUAAUCCUAUAUUUAUCAGAUAUGUUUUUCGAUGUCUGAAUGUCACAGUAAAAAAAAGUAAAAAACAACAAAAUAAUUGGGUUUUUUUUUGUGUUCGUAGUCGAGCACUCGCGCAACGGUGUCCAGUUAUUUUUAAUUUUGUAUUUUUUGGCAAAAAAAACUUUAUAUCGA